CUUGCACUUGCGCGCCGCCGCGCCGUUUGUUACUCACGCACUCACGGAUUCUCAUACAACGUAAAAUUUUAAAAAGAAGUUAAGAUAUUUUGUUGUAGAUAUCAGAGUUUACUUUUACAUAAUUUGUAUCGGAAAUCGUAUUUUUGUUACAUCUAAUAAAGAAGAGCAAGUUUAUGUUCAUUAAAUUAUUUAAGGAUGGAGCACAAGUUGGUGGGUGUCGUCCUGAUGAUGAUCUUCCACAAGUCAGUGGCGUACGAGCCUAGUCCUGACGGGGGGUACCCGGCCGGCUUGGUGCCCAAUUGUCCAGGAGUGCUGAAGAACGCGACGCUGAAGUCGGAGAACCUGCCACUGCUGCAGGUGGUGGUGCACCGGCUGGCAGACGGCAAGCCCGAACGCACCAGCCUGCCCAUCGCCACUGCGCACAAGACCAUCGCCAAGAAUAAAUACCUCGACUACAACAAGAAGACGGUGGUGUACAUAUCGGGUUUCCUGGACAACACCAUGUUCCCGCACUCGAUGGCGAUGGCCAACGCCUACGCCCGGCGAGGGUACAACGUGCUGGCUAUAGAGACAUUCUAUUUCUUCACAUAUAUUUAUCCCAAGUCUGUCCGUGUAGCCAGGGAGAUCGGAAAGCUGGUUGGAGAUUUCCUGGCGAAGCUGGCCGAUCAGGGCCUAGACAACAACAAGCUGGAGAUGGUCGGCAUCAGCCUCGGCGCACAUUCCACCGCCUACGUCGCCAAACGAUUCUUCGCCGUCACCGGAAAGAAACCCUUCAGAAUCACUGGGCUGGACCCAGCCGGACCAUGCUUUCGAGCUAUGCCACCAGAGGAAAAACUAAACCCAUCAGAUGCGCAAAGAGUGGACGUCCUCCACACGAACAUAGACGGCUUCGGCAUAGCGGAGCGGCUGGGGCAUGUUGACUUCUACGUCAACGGUGGAGAGUACCAGCCGAACGAUAUACCCUACAUCCCCUGCUUGGUCAUCUGCAGCCACUUCCGCUCCGUCAUCUACCACUGGAUAGCCCUGGAUCAUCCUAAGAAGUUCAUUGCCAUGCAGUGCGACUCCAUACAGGAUGCGCGUUUCGCGAGGUGCUACGAUAGCAAGGUGACGAACUACAUCGGUUUGGAGACCAACUUCAACAGAACUGGUAUCUUCUAUUUGGGCACCCAUAACGAGUUCCCCUACUUCAGGGGGAGGGACGGCUUGAAUAGGAACAACGAGAUAUACAGUGAGGUGUCCAAAAGAAUCAACAGUGAUGAUAUCUUUGAUGCAUAAAUAGGCGUAAAAAUAGCAGCAGAUGUAACACUUCCAUAGAUAUAAGAUACACCAGAGAUACAUGCUACAACCGUCGAAAUCUUUAUAACUUUUGUCAGAGAGCA